AUGUCCGCAGACAGCGCAUCGGGCCAAACCCUACAGGUUACAUACGAGCCGGUGUGGAACAAGCCCCACCUGUCAGAUGAACAGUUGGUGGAACUGUCACUACCGGAUCUGAAUGACCACCUGUGGGGCCUCCCCCGGGAACAGGUAGAGCAAUUGAAGCAGCGCCGGCGCAGAUUAAGAAACCGAAGGACUGCAGCCGCCUGGCGAGAAAGGAACAUGUACAAAUGGAAAGAGUUAGAAGGGCAAAACGCAAAACUAAAACAGAAGUUGGAAGAAAUGGCUCGAGAAAAUGCAACUCUGUGUUUGGAACUGAAGGUCCUGCGAGGACGGUACAAACCACUGCAAGACUCUGCCGCCGACAUAGCCCCCACUGGAGAUGGCGAUUCCCCAUGCUGUUCCAGCUCUCCUAACUAA